AUGGAGGACGUAGGCGGGCGCACGAGAAACUACGUGUGUCGUAUUCAAGGAUGUGGGAAAUGUUUUCAGCGUGGAGAGCAUCUGAAGAGGCAUGUGCGGAGCAUACACACGAACGAGAAGCCUUUCAAAUGCCCAUAUGCUGGCUGCGGUAAAGAUUUCAGUCGAAGGGAUAAUCUCUUCCAGCAUACCUCUAUUCAUGCCAAGUAUGCUGCGAGGUAA